AAAUGAGCCCCGGGAAAAUGCGCCUUAGGGAUCCCGGGCCCUCGUUCUCCCCGGUCCUCGCCCGCACUCGAGGCACACUCAGUCUGCGAAGUCCCGCAAUCGGGGAUCAGAACGGGCCUUUUUGUUUUGCCACAACGCGGACGUCAGGGGUCGCAGUUCGACCCCGGGCGCUACUCCCCGGGCCAUUUCCGUCGUCUCCGGCCUUCUUUUGCCUCAAUUGCAACGCGAAGCAAUGAGAAGUCGGCCGGGCUAAGGAAGGGCGGUGCGGCCGGGGCGGGCCGUCUUCUGGCCUGGCGGUCCUCGGGGCUCAGCGGGGCUGCGUACGCGUAAGGGCCACGGCCGGGGGCGGCCUUCUGGGGCGCAGACGGCCAGAGGUGGGGAGCACCGGCGCCCCUAGCCGCGGGGUCCGCGGGGCCUUGCUCCUCCCCGGACAGGGCGGGACGGGGAAGUCCCGCCCAGGAGGCCCGGGCCCUGGGAGGCCCUUAGGGCUGCGCCCGCCUCCUUCCUGCCGCGGCGACCCCGGGCGGGGAGGGCGGGUCCGGAGCCUAGAGGAGAGGGAGGGGGCGAGGCUGGCGGGUCAUGCCCUGGUUGCCCCGCGCCGCGCUCCUCUGGGACGUGGUCCUGGGCUUUUUGGGCACCGCCGCCUUCCUGAUCGACCUGGGCGCCGACCUGUGGGCCGCGGGCCAGUAUGUGCUCAGCGGCCGCUACCUGUGGGCCGCGCUGGUGCUGGCGCUGCUGGGCCUCGCCUCGGUCGCGCUGCAGCUCUUCAGCUGGGUCUGGUUGCGCGCCGACCCCGCCGGCUUGCACGCGCCGCAGCCCCCGGGCCGCUACCUGGCGCUGCUGCAUCUCUUGCAGCUGGGCUACCUGUACAGGGCAUCCAUACCCCACCUGCCUAGGUGUGUGCAGGGGCUGCAGCAGGGGCUCCUGGUGUGGCAGCAGGAGGCGCCCUCCGAGUUUGACCUGGCUUAUGCCGACUUCCUAACCCUGGACAUCAGCAUGCUGCGGCUCUUCGAGACCUUCUUGGAGACGACACCACAGCUCACGCUGGUGCUGGCCAUCGUGUUGCAGAGCGGCCGGGCCGAGCCCUACCAGUGGGUCGGCAUCUGCACGUCUUUCAUGGGCAUCUCGUGGGCGCUGCUUGACUACCACCGGGCCUUGCGCACCUGCCUCCCCACCAGGUCGCGCCUGGGGCUGGGCUCCUCUGUGUUCUACUUCCUGUGGAACCUGCUGCUGCUGUGGCCCCGAGUGCUGGCCGUGGCCCUCUUCUCUGCUCUCUUCCCCCACUACGUGGCCCUGCACUUCCUGGGCCUGUGGCUGGUGCUGCUGUUGUGGGUCUGGCUGCAGGGCACAGACUUCAUGCCAGACUCCUGCUCGGAGUGGCUGUACCGGGCCACUGUGGCCACCAUUCUGUACUUCUCCUGGUUCAACGUGGCCGAGGGCCGCACCCGAGGCCGCGCCACCAUCCACCUACUGUUCCUCCUGAGUGACAGUGUCCUCAUGGUGGUCACGUGGUUGACUCACGUCACCUGGCUGCCCAGUGGGAUCCCACUGCAGAUGUUGCUGCCAGCGAGUGGCAUCUGCUUCCUCUUGGGCCUGGCUCUGCGGCUCGUGUACUACUGCUGGCUGCACCCGAGCUGCCGCUGGGAGCCUGACCAGGUGGAUGGGGCCCAGGACGUCUGCUCCCUCGAGGGGCGUCGGCUGCCUCACAACAGGCGCUUGACCCACUUGGCUCGGAACUUUUUCCCCAGGGUUAGGGAUGAGGCUGCUUUGCCACAGAAGGGAGAGGAGAAUGGGGUCCUUUGAGGCGAGGCCCGACCCGGCAGGCACAGAACAGAUGGAAUGAACUGGUAGAAUGCAGAAGAUAAGCUAAUGAUGCAGCUAUGGGCCUGGAUUCCCUCAGGAAGCACUUGAUGCCUGAUGUGCCAGGCACUGGAGACCAGAGUUGAGUAAGGACACAGGCCUGCCUUUGAGGAUGAGAACAAGAUGAGAACAACUGUGGCAGGAAUAUUCUAUUCUUGGAGCCUGGACCAAGAUCAGCUGCCACCUGAGCUUUAUCCCUUACUCUCUCCAGCUACCCCUGAGCGGGCAGUCAUGCUGGAAGCCGGGGAUGUCCAGCUAGUGGCCCCCGUCAGCCCCCCAAGGCCUAAGUGCUGCCGGCCCAGUCUCUGGCCCUGCUCUCAAGUGGCCACCUUUCAACCAAGUGCUUGUGAGCCUGUGGUCUGGGCCAUGGCUCAGCCCGUUGAGUAUUUUUCUACUCUAGGCAGUACACUUUCUACCUCAGAGUCUAUGUGAGAGGAAGAGAACGUGUGUGCAUAUAUGUCUUUGCAAGUGAAGGACACGUAUGUGUUGUUUUUGUUUAACAGUAUUAUUAGAUUAUUAUUAAAACCUCAUGAA